CGCGUCACUUCCGCCCGCUCGGUCCGGCAUCUCCAAUAUGGCGGCGUCCUGCGGCUCCUCGCAGCUCCCGGCCGCCGAGCCGCCGCUGAAGAUCCCCAAGAUGGAGGUGCUGUCGCCGGGCUCGCCGGGAGCGCUGAGCGACGGCAACCCCAGCCUCUCCGACCCCUCCACCCCCAGCGGCGCCUCCCCUCUCGGCCCGGGGCCGGGGCCAGCGGCCGGCGGGGCCGGGCUGGGGGGCGGCGGCGGCGGGGCGGGGGGCCGCGGCGGGGCCUCGCCCUCCGUCUCCUUCUCGCCGGGCGGCGCCGCCGCCGCCGCCGCUGCCGCCGCUUGCCGCGGGAUGUCCUGGACGCCGGCGGAGACCAACGCGCUGAUCGCCGUCUGGGGCAACGAGCGGCUGGUGGAGGCGCGGUACCAGCAGCUGGAGGGCGCCGGCACCGUCUUCGGCAGCAAGGCCCCCGGGCCCGCCAUGUACGAGCGCGUCUCCCGCGCCCUGGCCGAGCUGGGCUACGAGCGCACCCCCUCCCAGUGCCGGGAGCGCAUCAAGACCCUUCGCAGGUGCUACAGCCGCGUGAAGGAGCAUGGUGUUGGGAAGAGGAAAAGCAGCUACACGUUUGAACAGCUGGAGCAGGUGUUUGGGCAGGGAGGAUGGGACUCCCAGCCCUGCCAGCCUGUCCUCAUCAACAGCAGCGGCUUGUACCAGGAGCUGGAGUCGGACGGCAGCACGAUGGAGGAGUAUUCCCAGGAGGACUGGGGAAACCACAGUCAGGAUCUUCAUUGCUACCAGACCGGUGAACAGGAAUUGGAUGAAAUGCCUACCACAAAAAGAACUUUAAAGAUAAAACAGGAAUCUUCAGAAGAUGCACAGAAGCGUGACGUCAUGCAGAAUAUUAUGCAAAUCUUGGAGUCGGUCCAGUUGAAGUGGGAGCUGUUUCAGAGCUGGACGGACUUCUCCCGGCUACAUCUUUCUAACAAACUGGCCAUUUUCGGCAUCGGUUACAACACCCGCUGGAAGGAGGAUAUUCGUUACCACUACGCGGAGAUCAGCUCGCAGGUACCCCUCGGCAAGCGGCUCCGGGAAUAUUUCAACUCGGAAAAACCGGAGGGUCGGGUUAUCAUGACCAGAGUGCAGAAAAUGAACUGGAAAAACGUUUAUUACAAAUUCCUGGAGAUCACCAUCAGCGAAGCCCGAUGCCUGGAGCUGCACAUGGAGAUCGACUGGAUACCUAUUGCUCACUCCAAACCCACCGGAGGAAACGUCGUCCAGUAUUUAUUGCCGGGAGGGAUCCCCAAAAGCCCCGGCUUGUACGCCAUCGGUUAUGAAGAGUGCCACGAGAAGCCCCUCUCCCCGCUAGCCGAGCACAGGGGGACCGAUCCUGGCAAUGAGACUCAAGGGGAGCUGGAGGUCCCUUCGCCGCAAGCCUCCCUCCGGGUGGACAUGGAAUCCGCCCGGAUUAUCUACUGUUACCUCGGCAUCGCCGAGGUCCGGACUCUCCAGCAGUGCCUGUUUUUACACUUUCAGGCAAACACCAAAACCUUCAGCAAAGAUUGGGUCGGGAUCAACGCCUUUUUAUCUCAGAACUGCAUCGUUGAGCCCGGCGUGUCGCCCAAAUCCAUCUACAUCAAAUUUGUGGAAGUGGAGAGGGAUUUUCUUUCCGCCGGCUCUUUGGUAGAGUGCCUGGAAAAAGCCAUCGGAUACCCCUUAAAAUUUAACAACUGAGUCUCGUCCUUCAUAAGGAUCAGGGCUUUCUGCCCCUUUUUUCCAUCUCGCUACCAGACGCUUUCGGAUCCUGUCCGUUCACAGCCGGGCAAGUCAGACUUUUCCGCCUGGAAACGAGUUUUGGGGUGAUAAGAGGCUUGUGGGCGCUUCCCACGAGCUCAUCGCCAGCAGGCGAGCGCGUCCUGGCUCUCCCGCCAGCCGGACCGGCCGGUUUUCCCACCGGAGCGGCGCAGUGAGGAGAAGCCCCCGGCCCAUGAAAUGACUGUAGGUACAUUCCACAUUGGACAAGCGCGUACACGUGGCGUUUUCAUACGAAAAGCUGGUUUUUUUGGUUUUUCUUUAUUCCACGGUGUCUCAUUUUUACGCAUCCGUCUCUCUAAGUGUUAUUAUGGAUCUGAAUAAAUAAGCAAUAGAUAACGGCAAGUUAAACCUUGAAUCACGUUAAAGGAGACUGUUUUUCAAAGCCACCCUUAGAUACUAUUGUAUAUAAUUUAGAACUUCACUUUUUUCACCCAUCAAGUGUUCUCCUCUCUCCAAACAGUGUUGCCUGCAAAAAGACUUUGGUUUCUGUGAUGUAUUCCACUUUACUAGUAGUGUUGCCAUAUCUGCUUUUAUUUUAUUUUAUUUUUUAACAUUAAAAUAAUUCCUGGCCUUUUUA